UCAUCGUGUUGAUUCAUUCUUUUGAACCUUACGAAUUCUGGCAUUUUUUUUAUGAAGAAACUGAAAUUAAAUAUGUAUAGAUUAUUAUUAUUGUGUGUAUAAAUUGGUAAUAAAUCAACACAUAAUAAUAUAUUCAAAAGAUUUUUGGCUUUGGAUAUGGCAGCUUCAUCAUCAUCAACACCCCUUCUCCUCCUCCACAAGCCAACCUGCAAUUUCUAUCUCGCUGCUUCCUCUGUUCCUUCUUACAUCGCUUCCGCUCGAUUUCGAAUCUUCCCUUUGAAUCGAAGAAGAAGAAGAAGAAUCUUGUCUUUCUCUGUCUCUAAAUCUAUGGCCGAUGAUUUAGUCAAAAUCAAUGCUCGCAGAGACGGCGAAGAACCAUCUCAGACGCUCGAGCAAGAGGCUUUCAUCAAUAAUUCUUCGGAGCUUCAGGACGACGCCGGCGGCGGGAUUGAAGCCGUCGCUAAUCGUCUGAGCAAAUGGAUUGUAGCUGCUCUGUUUGGAUCUGUUCUGCUUCUACGGCAUGAUGGUGCAGCUUUGUGGGCUGUGGUUGGAUCAGUUUCAAAUUCCGCGCUUUCUGUAGCUUUGAAACGUUUACUUAACCAAGAGAGACCCGUUGCUACGCUGCGUUCUGAUCCUGGGAUGCCAUCUUCUCACGCUCAAUCCAUUUCUUUCAUCUCUGUGUUUAUUGUCUUGUCUGUUAUGGAGUGGCUUGGAACCAAUGUACUCUCUCUGUUCCUUAGUGGCCUCGUCCUCGCAUUGGGUUCUUACUUUACAUGGUUAAGGGUUUCUCAGAAGCUUCACACAACAAGUCAAGUGGUCGUAGGUGCAAUCGUGGGUUCUGUUUACUCCACCUUAUGGUAUGUAACUUGGAACUCACUUGUUCUUGAAGCCUUUACCUCAUCAUUCUCAGUACAAGUAGCUGUCUUUCUGGUUGCUGCUGCGUCUGCUUUAGGUUUUGCAGUAUAUGUGCUACUUAACUGGUUUAAAGAUGAUGACAGAUGACAGACUGAUAAUUAUAAGUACUUAGGAUGUACAAGGAAUGCAUUUGAUUCUUUUUAUAAUUGAAUGGAGGUGAUGUUUGGGGCCAUAUUGAAUGGACUGAUGUUUGCUUAUAGUCCCUCAGCCAUCUACCUUGGUGACUUGUAAAGUCACACACACGGUUCCAUUAUAUUGUUGGUUUUAAUUAGCUUUUAUAUCCUUCAAGCAAACAAACUGUUUUUAGUGUGAUUCAGUGUCUUGUUAUUAGAUCAUACGAUUUAAAAACUUUUCUGCUGAAUUAACCCUUUCCACUGUGGUUUGGGACUUUCUUCAAA